GGCGUCCUGUGUGUCCCUGAGAGUAGCAGCAGAAGCAGGAGUCUGGGGUGUUUGAGGCGCCCACCCCGCCCACCCCGCCCGCCCACCGCCCUCACGCCGCCCGCCACGCCCUCAGGAGCCACCAUGCUGGUCCAGGAGCCGCUGCAGGCAGCAGUGUGGCAUUGCUUGAACAACUAUGCCUACUUGGACGCCACCUUCCUUGCCGAGAGACUUCUGGCCGAGGUGGAUUCAGAUGAGGCUCUACACCUGGUGGCCACUUCGUACUACCGCUCAGGGAAGCCAGGUCGCGCCUACUCAGUGCUGCGGGCAAGAGGCACCCGCACCCCUCAGCUCAGGUUCCUUAUGGCAAGAUGUUGCUUCGACCUCUGCAAACUGGAGGAGGCAGAGACGGUGCUUACGGGAGGCAGCGUCCUCUACCCCAAGACUGUGGACGAGCUGACAACAGAGUAUGGGGACCUGGCCUGCUUCGCGCUGCAGCUGCUGGGUGUGAUCUGCGCCCGCACCGAACGGCUGGCCAGGGCAGUGGAGGCUUUCCGCAGGUCCCUGAAGCUGAAUCCCUUCCUGUGGCAGUCCUUUGUGGCGCUGUGUGACCAGGGGGACAAGACAGACCCCACCAAGGUGUUCCGAAUGGAUGGCCUGGAGAGCUUCAGCAAUUGCCACGGUAACACGGUGCUCACCCUGAUGAACAGCGCCCCCCCACUUGGCGGAGGCGGCGGAGGCAUCACCGACCCCAUCCUCACCACUACCACCACCACCACCGCACUCAGCAGCGUGUCUGUGAACAGCCAGCAGGAGCCCAUCACACAGACCCCAACCCUUGCCCCCACACACCCCACCUCCACCCCAAACAACCUCCUUCCUGUCGUCCACACCCCGUCCCUCGCCCUCACCACCCCAUCCCCCCUCAACACCCCAGUGGCUGUCACCAUCACCCCCACGCCAGACCGCGCCCCUGGGAUGGGAGGUGAUGCGGGGGAUGGAAUCCUUCAGGCCCCUAAGAAGAAGAAGCUGGUGAGGGUGCGCAGUGUGAUGGGUGGCACUGUCAGUCUGAGCCCCCUGUCGCCAAGUUUUGGUGUCCUGCCCCUGGAUGCCGGCACGCCAGUCUGUGAGGAGCACCCAGCCCUCUUAAACACCUCCGUGGCCUUCCUCACGUCCUCCCCGCUCUCCCUGUCACAGCUGGAUACAGAGCCUAACGCCAAGAUCCCCACACCACUUAGUAAAAGGAUACUGUGCCGAAAGACGAAGGACUCGCCCCUGGUGCUCAACAAGCCAGCAGUGUUUGCCCCGGCAGGAAAUAACAGCAAUUUCCAGAGUCCUCCCAGCGGCCAGCCCAACCCCAAUGUCCGCCGGUCCUCUCGUCUCUUUGGCAACAGUAAUUCCGUCAAGGAGAACAACAAGUCCCCCGCCAGGAAGACCAAAACGAGGUCACCCAAGAGCCAAUCCAGUCUGUCGGAGCUCAAUGAGAAGAACAAGAGUGAGAACCAGGACAUUAUAUCCACCACCGACAAGCCGUACCCUGAGAAACCUCCCUCCCCGCAGAGCCUUGCCCAGCAGGCCUUUGCCAUCCAGAAGCAGUCGGCAGAGGGGCUGAUGGCACUGCUGAGGGACAUGGGAACAGCAUACCAGCAGCUAGCCCAGUACAAUUGUGAGAGGGUCAUUGAGCUGCUGAGUGCCCUGCCCACACAGCACUACCGCACGGGCUGGGUCCUCUCACACAUCGGAAAGGCCUAUUUUGAGAUGAAUGAUUACCAGCAAGCUGUCAAGUUCUUCAGCGAGGUGCGUGAGUGUGAGCCACAUCGCCUGCACCUUAUGGAGUACUACAGCACUGCACUCUGGCACCAACAGAAGGAGGUUCAGCUCUCUGCCCUUGCCCAGGACCUUGUGGAGGAGGACCGUGAGUGCCCCCAAGCCUGGUGUGCCACAGGGAACUGCUUCUCCCUCCAGAAGGAACACGAGGCAGCCAUCAAGUUCUUCUCCAGGGCCAUACAGGUGGAUCCUAACUUUGCAUAUGCGUACACCUUGCUGGGUCAUGAGCACAUAGCCACGGAGGAGCUGGACAAUGCCCUCAGCUGCUACCGGAGUGCCAUCAGGGUAGACCCACGCCACUACAAUGCUUGGUACGGCAUUGGUCUGGUGCUGUUCAAACAGGAGCGGUUUGCUCAAGCAGAAUUCCACUUCAGGAAAGCACUGAGCAUCCACCCACACAGCUCAGUACUCAUGUGUCACGUUGCUGUGGUGGAGCACGCCCUUCAGAAAAGCAGUGCUGCCCUGGCCACUCUGAACCGGGCCCUGGCGGUGGACCCUCGCAACCCUCUGUGUAAAUACCACCGUGCCUCAAUCCUGCACGCCACUGACCGUCACCAGGAGGCCCUGGCCGAGCUCAACCACCUGCGGGAGAUUGUGCCCAAGGAGUCCAAUGUGUACUUCCUGCUGGGAAAGGUCCACAAGAAGUUGGGGCAGACUCACUUGGCUCUUAUGAACUUCUCAUGGGCCAUGGAUCUUGACCCCAAGGGUGCCAACAACCAGUUCAAGGAAGCCAUUGACCCUGCCAUCAACCGUUUCCCCGUCGAUGACGACGACACCACGAACAACAACCCACACGACAAUGGCAGUGAAGGUUGCUCCCUGGCACCAGCUGAGCCCUCCCAGGAGUCCUUGAUCCUUGAGCCGCAGCAAAUACCCAAUGCCGAGAGCCUCAGUGAUGAUAGCCUAUAAUAGCGGGAGGCUUAGGCUCGUCAAUUUCUCUUUAAUGCGUUAGCCUACUACAGUGGGAGGGAGGGAGGGGAAAUGCCUGGUUUUCUUUUCUUUUCCUCUUUCUUUUAAAGAGCAGAAGGGUGAGGGCUCAGUGCCACAUCUCUUUGGUUAAUUACUGUAGCCUAUCCCGCUGGAGAAGAAUGCAUGGUUUUGUGUGUGCAUAUGUGUGUAUGUUUGUAUGUAUGUAUGUAUGAGAGAGAGAGAGAGAGAGAGAGAGAGAGAGAGAGAGAGAGAGAGAGAGAGAGAGAGAGAGAGAGAGAGAGAGAGAGGAAGAAAGGGAGGCUGGAGUACAAAUAAAUCUGGGGGAAAGCAGUGCUGCAGGAAAGGUGUGUGUUGUGUUCCUGCCAGCCCUGCCACAGGACACUGAAUAGCACCCCACAUUGACCAGCACAGGGCAUGGACCACCCACAGCCUGUGUUGGGUGGUUGGCCCAGUAGGCAGCUCCAGUCUGUGGGCAGUGAGGGAGGCAGGGCCUGGGCAAGGCAGGAGGGCAGGGGCACCACUGCCUGGCUGAGAGAGGCAGUAGGUGGGAGGACAAGGGAGUGAGGCACAUGUGCUCUUUCACCUUCAUCCACCCACUCACCUUGCUCCAGAUGGAAUAUGUUGUGGUGUUCUUCCAUUCUACACAAGGUGGCAUAAAGCACAGCAUGGUACACACACACAAUUUCUCUGAGAUAUAUGUAUGUGACCUGUAAAUUUUAUUUAUAUUCCAUAAAUAUAUAUAAACAGAGAAGCUUAAAAUUCACAAGAUAUUGGUCUAGUUUAUGCCUCUUGGGGAUUAAGUCUUUGUGAACUUGGACUGCUCUACUGUGUGUGUAUAUAUAUAUAUAUAUAUAUAUAUAUAUAUAUAUAUAUAUAUAUAUAUAUAUAUAUAUAUAUAUAUAUAUAUAUAUAUAUAUAUAUAUAUAUAUAUAUAUAUAUGCGUGUGUGUGUGUGUAUGUAUGUAUAUACACACUGAAUGUAAAUUAACAGUUGUUAUACCAGAUUCUAGUCUUAGGCUGCUGUUGCCACUCAAGUAAGGAUGCAGUAACUGCCCUGAAAGUUACAAAGCAGUUAAUGCCAAGCAUUGAUCUAUGCCUUGUGAUUUCCUACCCAGUGUGUGACUGACUAUUAAAUGUUGUUAGAUUCUUCAGUGUUUUGUAAAUAGAGAAUAAAACCACCUCUAUUGUAUGCUUUUGUGAGAGGCAUUUAUUUAUGGGAUAGUAAGUAUUCUCUCCUGAAGACGUGCAAUCACAGGAGCCUCCAGUGGUGGCAGCGGCUGUGGUGGUGCAGUGCCAGGCGGGCAUCGGUGGGCCCCAGCCUGCAGGGGUCUCCUCCCCAUCCCUGUGCUCCACACCCACCUUGUGUGGCUCACCCAGCCUUCUUUGUUUGGCUUGUGCCACCAUUGUGUACUGCCUUGGAUCUGAUUUGUAAUGCCUGCACCAAGCUUGUCCCAGGACGACCAGGCUUCGCAGCCGUGGUGCUGAGGAGAACUCAAUGAAAGUGGCAUUACAUGCAGCCGUGUCUUGGGUUCUGGCAGGAUUCAUUUGGGCAGUGCACUACUCUGCCAGGUUGCUGCUGCUCCUGUCCUGUCUACAGUUCACCAGAGUAAUACUGCCCUGUCUUGGGGGAGUGAUCAACUUAAGUGUUUUUGUACAUACCAGGUUUGACCUCACAUGAUGAAGUCUCUGAGGUGUGAUCACAUGCUGUUUGUACAUAGUCUGUCUUGCCUGAGAAGUGCUUCUUACCUGAGACCAGUGGAUUCCACAUGCAUGCACAUCCCCUUGGCACACUACUUAGUGUCCAGCCGGUGUUGCUAGUGUAGAGCACCAGCCUUGGCUGCUGGCUGUAGAAGCACCAGCUGUGUCAAAUAAUUUCCCUGGGAUGUGCCAAAAGCCUGUAUGAAUGUGUAUAUUGUGUUAAAGGGCAUUACAAGUCUUGCAUGUGUAGUCACCAUUCAGGCGAUGGUUCAAGAGACCAAGAAAGUGUGGCCAGCCUCGCUCAGACCCACAGGGAUCCAACAUGUGCAAUAUUUAUCUGUUAAUUGCUUCUUUGCCAAAACUGCUUAUAUAAAUGUAGACAUUGAGGGUGAAGGAGGAACCAUGUACAGGCAUGCAAAUCCAAAAUUCAAGAUUUGUUUAUAGUUUUAAUGUAUCUCAGGGGUGUGGUUUUCUUUUACUUGUAAUUUAAUGAAGGGGUGGAAGGCAUCUCAUAGUUCAUUCGUCCUUGACCAGAAACUGAGGCGCCAUGUUGGGUGCUGUAGUGUAUCACACACAUGUUCAUUGCUUAUGCUUCUAUUUACUAAACAGGUGAAGAGUUCAUUUAUGGAUAAUUUAUUGAUUGACAUGAAGAUUUUUCUCUCAGCAUUAGCCGAUAUACAUUUUCAGGGUGUAUUAAAAUCUCAAAAUCUUCAAAACAUUUUUGUGGGAAAUAAUGUUCAAAUAGAUGUUUUGACAAUCAAGCCAUCACAGAAAGUCUCUGUUGAGGGCGGAUGAGGGAUGGUGGUGGUGCGGGUGAACUGGGCUGUGUGCAUUCACUACACACAGCCAAGAUGGGUUUAUACCUCUUGCUGCUAGUUCAAGCAAACAUACUUGCAUCUUUUUUUGUAGCAGGAACUACAGUGUACAUUUGAGCACUGGAGAUUGAAUAUUACUUGUAGAAUUUAUUGAUAUGGCAAUAAUCUCCGUUUGUCAUGUGUGUACCUGAGGGUGCAUUUGUUUCCAGUACUGAUUGGCAGAGGAGGAUACCUGUACUGGGAAGUUUGUAAUUGUUUGACAAGUGUAGGAAUUAUGUGCCUCACUUUGCUUUUUUCAGUUGACAGUUUGUUUUUUCUGGAAUAUCCUUAAGUGUGAAUUGAGGAUGCUCUAAGUGUUGUGAUGUUCAUACAUCUCCAUGAAAUUUACAAAAAUGUUAAAUUUGUGAAAUGUCUUGCUAAGAUUGUUGUGCCAUUUCUUUUAAUUUGUGUAAAAAAAUUUUUGUUCUUUGUUUUUUGCACUGUUCAUGUUGAUCUGCAUAUUCCUAAGCAGGCUGGCUGGUUUUUAUGAAGAGCAAUUCAUACUCGUGUAUGUAGUAAUAAGUUUGAAAAUCCAGUAGUAGUUUUCAGUCUUGUAGAGAGAAGGGCAACUCAUGUCCCAUGACUGUUAUGAGUGAAUGGAUGAUCCAACCCCUGUGUGUCAAGCUUGUCCCCAGCAACAUGGAAGUGUGUCACUGACAGUGGCAUGGUGUGGCUGCUGCCUCCCCUGCACAUUAGAGGAGCUGCCCUGCAUUCAUGGCCUGCAGGAGAGGACCCUUCUGAACUAGUUUGAGCCAUCAUUGUUAUUAGUGUUAUUUGGUCUUCCAGUAAGCAAGUGAUAUGGUCUGAAAACCUGGCCCUCAGUAUCAACAGGAACCUCAGUGAAGGAUGCGUUUGUUGCGUGUGAAUUAGUACAGAGGCGAGAGAGACGUGGGUCUGUGAUAGGGUGAUGGUGCACACUGCUAGGACAGCCCUCCCAGCCACACUGGCUGCUGUAUUAUUGAGGGCCACAAUGUGGCUCUAUAGUCUGUGCAUAUAUUUGUACACUGGUUAUGUGUGAGUCACUCCCUUGGACAGUUGUGUGGCAAGGCACCAAUGAGGCCUGUCCUCUCCUCAGUACUGUGGCCACAACACAUGGGAGUGUGGAUUGUAUAGUAAGUUGUAUGUGCAUUUAUGUAUCUCCUUUUGUACAGAAGUCCCCAUAACUUCCUUCUCAAAACAUUCAUGUGCAUCUAUUAUUUAUAUUUUUAUUUUUUCAUGUCAUGAAGCUGCAGAGUAUAACAGUCAGGGUGCCGAACAUAUCAGGCAGACCACACUGAGCAUCUUGGGAACGGCACACCUCACUUACCAGAUUCUAUUAUAUGAAUGCAAACCAAUAAAGUGAAGUUCAUC